GAUGCUAGUUCUCUGGAGCCUCGGCGUCCAAACAGGGAACGCCCUUAGUUUAGUUCCAAGUUUGUGGAGGGCGUGGCCUAGCAAUUGUCAGGUCCCCAGACCUGCCCUCGUGAUCCAGGAAGGGGGGGGGGGGGCGGGGCUGCAGAGCGUCUGUCUGGAUCCCGGAGAUUGCUCACGAGGUGGUACACCAGGGGUCGGAAAAACAACACUAGGCAAAGAACUUGCAGCAAGAUCAGAAUUGAAAUACGUUAAUGUGGGUGAUUUAGCUCGAGAAGGGCAGUUAUAUGAUGGCUAUGAUGAAGAGUAUGAUUGUCCCCUUGUAGAUGAAGAUAGAGUAGUGGGUGAGUUAGAAAACCAAGUGAGUGAAGGUGGAAUUAUUGUUGAUUACCAUGGUUGUACCUUCUUCCCUGAACACUGGUUUCAUAGAGUUUUUGUGCUGCAAACACAUAACAGUAUAUUGUACAAAAGACUUGAAGCAAGGGGUUACGAUGAGAAGAAACUGACAAAUAAUACUCACUGUGAAAUAUUUCAGAUUCCUUAUGAACAAGCAUUAGCAUCCUACAAGGUGGAAAUAGUGCACCAGCUGCGCAACGAUGAGCCAGAAGAUCUAGAGCAUAAUAUCAAUGAGAUAUUGAAGUGGGUUGAGCAAUGGAUCAAAGAUCAGAGCUCUUGACAUGCAAGUCUGGCCACUUUAGAAUCACUCAUAAUAUUUCUCUGCCCACAUCAUAUAAAUUGUCCAGUCAUCAGUAAAACUUAUUAAAAUUGUGCUGCAGAACUAGCAGAGUAGUAUAAAGCUUUAUGUUUGGGUUUCUUUUUUCUAUGAGAAAGCUAAACAAUCUCAAGUAUAAUGAAUAUGAUGAUAAAGACAAUAAAAACUGUCAUCAUUUAAUGCCUCAGUUGCUAAAGAAUAAAUAAAU